CCCCGUCCGUCAGUCAGUCAGUGAGGCUACGACCGUUGAGAAUGGUGCUCUAGGAACGUCUCAAAAGUUUAUAUUUUUAUCAUUAUUCUCCUUCGGAAAAGGAGAUUAAAAAAAAUCAACUAGAAAACAGGAACAUCCCAAAGCACCAAGGACAAUAAAAACUAUUACUCCAAAGCACUUAACAUAAUUUCUCUGGGAAAUCAAAAACAUUAAAUCAUCCCAAAGGAGACAUUCAUCACAGUAAAAUCAUCGUGCUUAAAUAAAUUGAAACAUGAGCUUCAAAGUCUCAUUUCAAGUGAUUGUGUUGAGUGAGGAGAAAAACAUUUUCAAGUGAUAUAGUGAGAAAUUGUCUAUAAAUACGUAAUUUUACUAUCUCGUGUGCUUUUUUUUUUACUUCAUCCGCCACAACUAUUAUAACAAAAAUAACAGCCAUUGAACCGAUAAACCCUCAUUGUGUGAUUCAGUUCAUUGAGAGAAGAUUAACAACUGUCUUAAUAUCUGUGGGAAUAGAAAAAAAGCAGCAACUGAAGAAUCCUGGAAUAAAUUGGUGUUACUGAAGAAUCUUAUAUCGUGCACCUCUUGUGAUAAAACAAUACGAUACUUAGAUUAGGUCAACAGAGAGAGUGCGAUGUAAUAAUUUGUUUUCUCAGUAAAGAAAAGUUGUUAAGUAAUCCUCCACGUGGUUGCACAAGAUCAUCAAAUGGUAAAAAUAGCCUUUACAUCAAUUACUCAGCAAUGAACUGCGGUGUUCAUAGUAUCACGAUUAACCAUCAAUUGUCACCGUAAAGUUAUAAAUUCCGCGAGGUUGCUAAAAAGAAGUGGCAUAAGAAAUAACCGAAACACUUGACUCAUUUUUUUCGCAAGAACCGGCCUCAUUGAAACUUAUCACGCUGGUGUUCUUGGUUUUAUUUCACCGGCAAAAGAGGCAACACAAGUGUACGAAAAACCGUGCAUACACGUAAUAUCAGACGAGAAAAUUAAACACGCUCAGCACAGCAGUGAAUAAUGCUUAGAAUCGCAGGUGAACAGCUAACAUUUGCGAGAGAUUCAUCGAGGUAAUGCCGGGUGUGAGCGGUAUGGUCAGAAAGAGAGAGAGUGGCUCAGCAAAUUAAUUUGAUAAGAUAAAAGAAGAGCCUAAAACUUGAGCAUACACAGUGUAUUUGGGGUACAACAAAAAAAAACCAUCUCGACAAUAAAAGUAAUAUAGCAAAUUAUUAAAUACAUCUAAACCCUCAAAUGAAACUCUAGUAAAAUAAACGUGAAAAGUAUGUGAGAGUAUAAAAUCCAACCACAAAAAAAAGCUCUAUACAUCAAGUAUGAUAAGGAAAAGGCAACAUUUUUGUGGCUCAGACCCCUUACAAUCUUUGAUAUCGCACAUGAAUUCAGUGAUUGCGUGAAAUUGAUUGGUGCCGGAUGGUCAAUCCAUCUCUUCGUAUUCUUCACCCCAAAAGAGAACCAUCAUCGACUGAAUCAACGAAAAAAUUCACAGCAAUUCUUCAGUGAACUUCAAUCUUUGCGUGUACAUCAAUUAAUUGAUAUAAUUAAAUUCCUUCGUUUCAAACACCAGAGUUAGAACAAAUUGCUCCAAUUCCUGACCAAUUUGUGCAAAAUUGUGAAAAGUUACACAUUUAUUCUCCUCUAUAACUUUUGGAAGCAAGUGCAUUAUACUGAAAAUGGAUUACAAAUUAACACUUGGACUGAUUGUAUUUGUAGGAAUUUUAUCAAUAAGAUUUAACCCAAUAAAUGCUGACAUUGCAGACGAAGAUGAGGAAUACGACGAGGACUACGAUGAUGAUGACUAUCUGGAAGAGAGUGAAAAUCAAACUGAUAAGGCCCCAGAUAAGUGGAUGGAAAGGUUAAAUGUUACAGAAUUGGCGGAAAAAGUACGUGAAGUAUUUAGCGAAAAGUCCGUUGAAUCUACCGGAGGGGAAAUUUUGGAUGGUGAAGAUGGUGAUUCUGGUGGGGAAGUUCCUGCGCAAGAAUGUCCUAUGGAGUGUUCUUGUCUACCACAUUCAUUUGUUGACUGCAGUCAAAGGAAUUUGACACAAAUCCCCGAGAAUUUGCCCCAAAACACCUCAUUUAUCGAUCUCAGUCACAAUUCAAUCACCACAAUUCACAUUGAUGACUUCAGCAAUGCCACACAUCUUCGAGAUAUUCGCCUUCAUGACAAUCAAAUAGGAUCAAUUGAUAAAAUGGCAUUUGCCCAACUAGACCGGCUCGAUAGUGUCGACCUGUCAUACAAUCAACUCAAGCACAUCGUUCCGGACACAUUCGCCCAUUCACUCCAUGUCACAAAAGUCAAUUUAAGUGGUAAUCCACUGGAGAUUCCAACAGAUGCACCACUGCUGAAUUCAUCCAGCCUCGAGGAACUUGACUUGAGUGCUUGCAACAUCAGCAACCUCUAUCUGGACACCUUUACAAAUCUAAGUGGUUUAGUUGCACUCAAUAUCAACAACAAUCCCAUCGAUGAGGAAUUAAAUGUUGAUGUAUUCAAACCCUUGGAACAUCUUCAGCACUUUCAAAGCGUCGCAAUUAGCCAAGACAACAUUCCAGAUUUGUGUGACAACCUUGCAUCAAUUGAUGAAAUUCGGUUUCCAACAUUCAUUCUAAGUUGUUUUGAAUUGGCAUCAGGAUCAACAUUUGAGGAAAGUAUAGCUACACAUCCGCCAUCAACAGUAUCCCCACCGCCAACAACUACAACACCGUAUAUCCCUACGACAACAACAACCAAAUCAACCACCUCGAAGUCAUCACAAUUGACUACAACAUCAACCGUUGCACCCGAGAUACAACAACACAUCAAUUCAAUGUCUAGCGGCAUCAGAAGCACAACCGUGAACAACAGUACUGAGUCUAGUAAUACUACAGCAACAACAGAAGAUCCCGAUUCUGUUGAAACAUCAGCGAAGGGAAUAGAUUCAAGAGGUGUUGUUGAACUAUCAGCAGAAACAAUCAACAACAUCCUCAUAGGGAUCAUCAUCAUAGCCGUUAUCGGUCUGGCGAUUGGUGUUAUCUUCAGGAGAGAUUGUUGUGGAAUUAAGACUAAAAUGUGCCGAACACGAACAAGAAGACCCGCACCAACGGAUCAAGUGAGACCAGCCGAAGAGGUGCCACUGAAUAAGAUAGGCUAGUCACAACCUAAAGGCUAACAGUACUGCAAAAAGACGCUUUCCCUUCUCCCAAGAAGGAUGUGAAAUCGAAUUUAAGAAUUUUUAUUUGUAAGUACAGUACGAAGCAGGUUAUAAAACAGAAGAAACUGUAGGCAGGAACAAUUUAGAAAAACAGGAUAAUUCUUUUAAAACCAAACUUGUAAAUAAUAGGUUGAUAGUCACAACAUUAGUAAACCAACGAACAAAAUGUUGAUUAAAAUCAACAUUUUUCUCCUUCACAUUAUUAAUAAUUUAAGAUAAAACACCCUAAUAUACAUAUUUCCUAUUUUUACCAAUUAUAAUUUAAUUAAAAAGAAAAUGGUUUUGAAGGACUUUUGAAAGUAUAAACUGUGUGAAUGAUUUAGUUGCGGAAACCAAAAUUUGUAUAGAUAAUAUUCUUAAAAUUUAGACAUACCUAAAAGAAAAUUAUUUGUAUUACGCUAGAAAAACAUUAAGUAAAAGUGAAGAAUGAACGUGGAAACCUUUGUGAAAAAAUAAAUAAAAUAACAAAAACGUCAAGGUAAUAAAUUAA